AUGGAUGAUGUACGAGAAGAAGCCGACAAUAUUCCACCACUGACCGAGCAACAACCAAGAAUGCAGUGUUUGGAUGAUAUAAAUGUAUUCUCACCGUUAGCAUCGAUCCCGUGUGAAUCAUCUGCUAAUUCUUCUCAAAUACUUCACACUCCUCAAGUUAAGAAUGACAUAAUACCAAAAAUCAACCAAGAGUUUGACAAUUUAGAUGAUGUUUGGAAAUUUUACAACCAUUAUGGUAAAGAAGGUGGAUUUGGUACGCGAGCGAGUUCUAGCAAGAGGAAUAGGGAUUAUGAAGUCAUUAGAAAGGAGUACGUUUGUUGCAAAGAAGGGGUGAAGAGGGUCCACAAAACUAGUCAACCCGUUACACGGCGUCGGGGGGAUAGUAGAGAGAAUUGUGGGGCGAAAUUGUCUGUUGUGAAAAACCAAUCAAGUGGAAAAUUUGUUGUCUCCCAAUUUGUCGAGGGUCAUAACCACCCUCUUGCGUCUCCAAAGAGGGUACAUUUAUUUCGAUCUCAUCGUAAAGUGUCAGCUGCAAAAAAGGCUUUAGUAGAACAACUAUCAGCUGCAAAUGUGCGAACCUGCCAACAAAUGAGUAUUUUUGAGUUACAAUCCGGAGGUCUACAAAAUGUUGGCUUUUUACAAGAAGAUCUUGAUAAUUUUAAAAGGGACAUGAGGAAAAUGUUAGCCGGACAAGACGCCAAUAUGUUGUACGAGCAUUUUCAAAUUGAACAACAAAAGAAUGCAGGUUUUGUGUAUACAAUGGAGAAAGAUGAUGAGGGGAGGAUGACUCAUUGUUUUUGGGCGGAUGCCACCUCUAGAAAAUCGUACCAAUAUUUUGGAGACGUUGUGGUGUUUGAUACAACAUACAACACAAACCGAUAUGCCAUGAUCUUUGCACCUAUAUUAGGGGUUAAUCACCACGGGCAGACUACUCUUUUUGGGUGUGGAUUCUUAAGUGAUGAAAGUGCCCAAGUUCAGAAACACAAACUUUCAGGUAUAUAG